AUGCCAAAACCGCCGCCAACAAGUUCGGUAGCCGAUAUCUUUCCGCAACUGCUUCCAGAAAAUUCAGAUUUUAGCUCCUAUUCCGGAUUUAUACAAGUCAAGGGCGAGUGUUUCCAACUGAGGAUCAGGCUACCGCCCGCGCCAGAAGAUGAUGGGGAUCCCACGAAGUGCCUUCACCAAGCUGAAAUGUUCUGUUGUCGCGCUCUCUCCUCGCUUCUAGCGGGAUCGGAAGACGUUAUUCAUGAGAGAUUACUUCAAUCCGAAACGUUGUGUCAGUUUUUAGUCGAACUCCGACACAUAAUCGAGCAAAUUCUGCCUCGGUCCAAACUCCAGCCAGACUUUGUGUCUUCUCAAGUGCCCUCAGCAAACUAUUACUCAAGACUGUUGGGCGAAUUAGGGGGCAGCCAAAUCGGAUGGAAAUCCGUAACUUCUAUCAAUAGCGACCUGAGCGCAGUGCAAAUCUGCCUGAUCGAUUCCAAACAGAGGCAACACUUGCUCGACAUCAACCUCGACGACAAUUAUCCAUACACUGCCCCAUGUUGCAGCAUCGCCGUGCCCGACAGCAUAGUGCCCAAAUGGAUACCCAAUCAAUCAACUCUGGGAGACUUGGUGGAUGAGUUCAGACGACAUCUAACCCACUUCCAACAAUUGUGGGAUAUUCUAGACGAUUUGGACUCAAACACUUGUGUCAUCGAACCUGAACGACCAACCAGAGCGGACAUAUUUAGACGAAUCAUAAUAGAAAAAUACGUCUCUAUUCGUAUAGAGCUAAACACGAUUAAUCCCACUAGCGUUCCCAUAUGCACAUUUAUGGGUGCGGACGCUUCUAUACGGCCACUACAAAAUAAACUCGACGCAAAAAUUCAAGAAUGGGAUUACAAAAAGUCUGUCCGCGAAAAUCUACAAAACCUACUGGAAAUUCAAUUUCCGAAAUUUCAGGGUACAGAAAAAGAAGAUCUUCAAGCCGCAUGUGCCAUGUGUUACGCAUUCAAGUUGGACGGCCAUAUUCCAGACCGCGUCUGCGAUAAUCCGCUCUGUUCAAGACCAUAUCAUUCCAGCUGCCUAUUCAAUUGGCUCAGUAGCCUCCAUUCUCAUAGAACCACCAACAACGUCCUCUGGGGUCGAUGCCCUUACUGCGAUUACAAAAUAUUCGCUCAAAGUCCGGCAAUUGUCUGA